AUGGUGAAAUUGCAAACCUCCUUCGGGUCCUUCAAAGGCAUUCGUGGAGAUGGUGUAGUCCAAUAUCUCGGCAUCCCGUACGCGAAAGUAAAGGACCAUUUGAGUGCACCGGCGACAGUUGAAUGUUAUGAGGGUGUUGUCAACGCUACGAAGUAUGGUCCCCGCGCUCCAGCGGCAGACGCAAGCCUUUUCGAGCAGCAGGUCCUCAUCCAACAAGUCAUGGACGAUGCACCCUCGCCGCCUAUGUCCGGCACGGAAUGUCUCAACCUAAACAUUACAGUGCCCUCAUCUCUCAAAACAGAGGCGAGAGAAGCACUCCCUGUCAUGGUAUUCAUACACGGUGGAGGGUAUAUCAUGGGCAGCAACUCCGCGCCGUACUUCGAUCCGUGUCGGUUGGCCGCGCUCUCCGUCGAGAUGGGCACGCCUGUUAUCGUUGUUAGCAUCAACUACCGCCUAGCCGUCCUAGGCAACCUCACGUCCGCAGAACUCCGCGCCGUAGGAUAUCCUGGCAACAACGCACUCAGAGACCAGAAGUGCGCUAUUCAGUGGGUCAAUGGGCAUAUUGCUGCCUUUGGCGUUGCUGUGCUGACGCAGCUUUUCUCGAAGAAGCCGCUAUUCAAGCGUGCGAUUUCUAUGAGUGGAACGCCACUUAUGUUGAAGCCGCUGUCCUUAGACGUUGCCGAGAGUACGUACCAAGCCAUCAUCGCCGCGCUUGGGCUCAACGAUGCGAGCGUGGAAGAGCGUAUCCAGCGCCUGAUAUCGAUUGCUCCGGAGGAGCUCGUCGAGAAGACAGCGAUGAAAGCUCUGCUGGCGCCGUUCCUUGACGACGAUGUCCUCCCCGAAGCUAUCACGUUUGAAAAGCUUGCUUCUGGACUGGAUGUCCCUGGUAUGAAGUGGUGUGAGGAGCUCAUGAUAGGAGAUUGUCGACACGAUGGCAACGUCACCUUCUUCAUGGGUCUUGGGUCCCGGACCCAGAACCUCGCCGCUGAUCUGUACACCUCUCUCUCAGCCAGCUUGGGGGCUGCUUCAGCAAUAGCAGUGUUAGAAGCGUACGGUAUCAGACUUAGUACUUCAGACGACGCUGCACUCCAAGCUACCAUUGAUCUCGCAACAGAUAUCGUGUACGCUGCCCCCGCACUUUCGUUGGCGCAAGCGUGGCCUGGCAAAACAUACGCGUACCAUUUCAACGAGGGGAACCCGUGGGAAGGUCAAUUCAAGGGUAUGGCGACGCACAUGCUGGAUGCGGCGUUUCUUUUCCACAAUUACAAUGAGAGAAUGGACAAAGGUGUGAAAGACAUUGCGAGGGCAUUUGCGAGAGCCGUUGUAGCUUUUGCCAAUGGGAUGGUGCCAUGGAGAGAGUUCGAUGAGGACCAUGGGAGUGUGAAGAUAUUCGGGGGUGGAGAGGUGGACCGUAUGGUUGGGAGCAAUGGCUGGGCCAAUGGGAGACGAGAUACGUUGUUCAGGCUUGCGGAAGAGGGGAAGGUGGAUCUGGACGGGCUGAGCGUGGCGUGGGAUAAGUUCCUCGCUGGAAAUUGA